CGGAGUUGGCGUGCGGUUUGUGUCCAGACCGGCUGCACCAUGUCGAAGGUUUCCUUUAAGAUCACACUGACGUCGGACCCGCGGCUGCCGUACAAAGUACUCAGUGUUCCUGAAAGUACACCUUUUACAGCAGUCUUAAAGUUUGCAGCAGAAGAAUUUAAAGUUCCUGCAGCAACAAGUGCAAUUAUUACCAAUGAUGGAAUAGGAAUAAAUCCUGCACAGACUGCUGGAAAUGUUUUUCUAAAGCACGGUUCAGAACUGCGAAUAAUUCCUAGAGAUCGUGUCGGAAGUUGUUAAUAUCUGCUGCUUGGAACAUAAAAUCCCCUUCCAGAAUAAAUAUUGGUAUUGUUAUUGUUGUAAAAUUGGAAUCAGGCAUUCGAAAUCCUAUGAAGACACCAAUAGUUGAUGAAGUAAUGAAAGGUGACUGUCUGUCCCUUCUUGUUAUUCACGCUCUUCACAUGAAGAGGGGCGGCUCCUGCGUUGAGGGUGUCAUCACCACGGAAGAUCACAUUACUACCUCACAGCACACACAGGUAGUUCAUUGGGGGUAAAUGGAUUAUCCAGCUGUGUCUUAUAACUGGAGGAUACUUCUGAUCAUUCUUUCUGAGAACAUUUGGAAAAUUAAAGUUUACUGAAUCUUCCUGUUUGUCUUUGAGUUAAAAAUGUAAAAAGAUUUUCAAUCCGUACGUGGUAGUUUGCUUGAUAGCAUCUGACGUGCAGACACAAAAAUAGUUGAAUUCUUCAUUAUAUAUCGUUUAUGAUAAAGGAUCACAUCAAUGAAUAACUAUCUUUUUAUCAUUUAGCUUGUUUUGAAGUUUCAGACUUCUGGAGUUCUUAUAAAUUUUAAUUUAAAAAUCAAAGAUCCAAAAAAUGAAUUUUCGAUCUAGCCCAUUACGUGUAACAUUGGUAUCCCACGCCAAAGAGUUUGAGAUUAAAGUAGAAGCAUCAGCUGCUGAAUUAUGCAUUCCUUUAUUGAUCUCUUUUUUAAAAAAAACCUUUAAAACAGGAAUCCUCAAGAAACCAUCUUUUUGAGGAUAAUAUUUCUAAAUAGUGUUCAGGGAGAAAGUAUUGUUGUAAAGAGGAUCUGACAUUCACAACAGAGCUCAAGGAAAUGCUAAUUGAAAUGCUCACUAAUUCUACUU